AUGGUCAAGGUCAGCACUACUCUUUUCACCAUCUCCUUCUCCUUGUCCCUGUCCCUGGUCUCCGCACACGGCCUCGGUCACAGCCACGGCAUCGACAUCCUUGAGAAGCGUGCAGCGGCCGCUCCCUCGGCCUGCAAUGCCAAUCCUCCAGCUGUCGCUUCUGGACAAUACCCAGUCAUCGAUUGUGUCCCUUCCCCACAGGAUCCUCAGGUCCAGACGUGGCUCAAGUUGGUCGAUUUCACAAAGACACCAGUGUACCCACCCUCCACAGACGGCGUCUGCCCCACAGAUCUCACGACACUCCCCAAGGAUCAAUGCUGGUGGACGUGCCAGAAAUGUGAGGCCCCGAAUGAUAUCACGUCCUGCCCCACCCCGGGCACCUGGGGAUUGACUUAUGAUGAUGGUCCAUCGCCAGACUCGCCUCGUCUGUACGACAACCUCCUUCAGCACAACCAAAAGGCGACACUCUUCAUUGUCGGAUCCCGCGCUGUAAGCUAUCCUGCAACAUUGAAGCGUGCGUAUCAGGAAGGACAUCACAUUGCUAUCCACACAUGGUCCCAUCCUGCCAUGACCAGCUUGACCAAUGAGCAGAUCGUCGCGGAGCUCAAAUGGACUGAGAAGGCCAUCGUUGAUACGAUUGGUGUUACACCCCUCUACUGGCGCCCUCCUUUUGGUGAUGUUGAUAACCGCGUUCGUAACAUUGCGACGCAGUUGGGCUAUAAGACGUCGAUCUGGACUCAGGGCUUUGAUACCGACGAUUGGAACAUCCCCGCCAACAAGUCCACACCUCAAGCAGUGGUCGACACCUUCAAGUCAUGGCUGACCAAAAUCCCAGGCAUGAAGACCGGUUUUAUUGUCCUCGAGCACGACUUGUUUCCUCAGGAGGUCAAUGUCUCUGUGAAUGGCAUCUUGCCUAUUGCGUACGCAACCAAGAACUUGAUCAUGCAACCAAUCGUUCAAUGUUUGAAUGAUGGCAAGCCAUAUAAGGAGGGUGCAGGCACCUUCAAGUUACUGUCCAACAACAACACCUCUGGUGGCAACGGAGCCAAUCCCAGCGGUGCAGACCAAGCAGUGGUUGUUACAAGAACCCAGGCGAUGUUUGUCGCAGGCGUGACAUUCUUCAUGGCGGCCAUGGCUGGAAUGUAA